UUUAAAAAAUGUCAACGAUGUCUGCGCACUCUGCGUAUUUGGUCACACAAUUUCUGCCGGCGUCGCAUCGCUGUUGUGAAAUUGGCGGACUUUAAAAAAUAAAACAUUAGCAAGUAAAUUAAGACAAAAUGAGCAGUUGGAAUCCAGAUCGUGAUAUUGAGUUGACAGAUUCAGAGGAUGACACCGAAAUAAAGCGUGAUUUCAAUGGCCGUGAGGCCAUUCUCUUUGUUGUCGACGCCAACCUGGAGACAGAGAGGCUGAUGGAGGCACUCAAAAUCAUACGCGGAGCCUUCAUCUCAGGCAUGCUGGUGAACGACAAAGAUCUGAUGGGUCUAAUGUUUUCCAACACCAAGCACAGUCCGCUACCCCACGAGGCACAAUGUCUGGACAACAUUGUUGUGCCAGCGAAUUGUGCCGUCUUUCUUCCACUGCGGCAACUGACCAAAUCGAUUGUUGAACACUAUCUGGAAUUUAUGGGCACAGCGGAGGAGUCCUUUUCCAACGAUUAUGGCGUAGCUGAACCCGAUGGCCGUGGCAACUUUGCGUACAUGAUUCGACUGUGUAUUGAGCUGCUGGAGAAGUGUGGCAAGAAACUGAACAAUGCUAAGAUUGUGUACAUGACAGACAUCGAGGAACCCCAUUCGCCCUCCAGCAUGGAAUUUCAGGCAGCUCUGCAGAAGGCCAACGAUCUGGAGGGUAAGGAAUUCGAAUUCCAGGUCAUUCCAAUGCAUGAUGACUUCGAUUACGAGCCGUUCUACAAGGAGUUCAUAACUCUGUCGAGAGCUAUUGAAAUUGAUGCGUUCAGAGUUCCGGAUGCGCAACUACAGCGCGAAAUUUUGGAGGAUCGUAAGCUGCGACAAGACUUUCUGCGUCGCUGUCUGGGACAUUUCACAUUCUCACUGGGCCCAAAUCUCAAGAUAUCCGCCCAGUUCUACAAUUACUUUCAGCGUCGAUCCUAUCCGCACAAGGUGCAUAUAAUGCGACGUGACAAUAGCGUGGUGCAAAAGAAGCGCAUGAUAAUGGUGCGAAAGGAGGAUGGCGAGACGCAGCAGAUAACUCAUGAAUAUCAGAUUAAAACGACAGGUGGUUGGUACGAGUGCAAAGUGGGUGAUGAGACGCUGCGUGUGACGACAGAGCAAUUGAAUCGUGUGCGCAAUUUGCACCCGCCUGGAAUGAUGUUGCUGGGAUUCAAGCAUCGCUCGGCAUUGCCUACACAUUUUUAUAGUAAACCCUGCAGAUUUAUGUAUCCUGAUGAUCAGAGCAUCGUUGGAUCAAAGCGUCUCUUCUGUGCGCUCUGGCAGCGCUGUUUACACCGCGAGAAAAUCGCUAUUUGCCUGUUCCUAUCGAAGCGCAAGUCUGUGCCUCGCUAUGUGGCUUUAGUGCCCGUGGAAGCUGCUCAGCCAGAUGACAAGAACUAUCGCUCUCUGCUCUCAGGCGAUGGCUUUAAGAUUGUCUAUUUGCCGGAGGCAAGGGAUAUUCGAGACAUUGAUAUGUGCGAUUGGAAUAAUAUUGAAAAUACGGCCGCAGAAGAGAAUGUUGAACUCUUUCAGAAGGUCAUCAAGAAACUGACGGUCGACUAUCAGCCAAAUCUGAUCAAUGAUCCCAACCUUGAGGUGCUGCAAUCAAAUUUACUUGCACUCGCCUUGAACAUUAAAUCUGAUGAGGACAAUCUUAGUCAGCUGCCAGAUCCUGCUGUACAGAAUAAACGCAUUGAAAAAUUUAUUCCCGACUAUAAUAGCAUGUUUGGCCCCGAAAUUGAAACGGCUAAGAAGCGAGCAGCCAAAACCGAGGCUGAUGGGGCCAGCGCACCAAAGGUGGCCAAAAUAAGUGAGGAUCAAAUUAAAUCAUAUGAUGUUGUCGAACAACUAAUCAAGGAUAAACGCCUUAACGGCUGCACGGUCGCUCAACUGCGAUUCAUAUUGGAUACUCAUUUUGGGGAGAAGCCUGCGAAAUCUGCUACAAAAGCUGUGCUCGUGUCACGCAUCGAGGAGUUGAGUGUGGACUAAUAACAUGUUUUUCAAUUCCUGAUACAUAAUUGUUGAAUUAUUAUAUAUUUAUUAUUAAUUUACUAAUACUUAUUAUAAGCAAUCCAGCGAAAGCCUUGGUAUGAAGCUACUAAACUGUGUUAAAAAUCUAAAUUAUGUGAAACACAUUCCUAGAAUCAAUAAAGUAACAGUGAAACCGAAUCUUUCUGAGUUGU